UCAUGGGAACUCCAUUCCCCACUGUACAGCAGUCUACGUCACACCUAAUAAUACACCAUGACAGACUGAGGGACACAGGAGGAGGAGCCCGCUGACUCGUAGGCCUUCGCUAACAGACUGAUUGGCUGCUGCUGGGCAGGAGGAUAUAAGUGGGCUGUGAGCAGUAGAGGGGGACUAGCGUCGGCUCUGGCCUGGAGCUUAAAGUCAAGCCUUGGAUUUAUUUCAGGACCUGCAGGAACUAUGUCUGAGCCCAAUGAGGAGGAGCAGCAGCGGCCGGUGAUGAAGGAAGAGGACCUGAAAGGAGCCAAAGACCAGCUGGGGCAGAGAGGAGAGGUGAAGAGCAAGACCUUUGAAGUCAUGGAGGAGUGCGAGCGCGUGGGGAAAGUGGCCCCCUCGGUGUUCAGUGGCCUGAGGUCCGGUGGAGAGACGGCCCUCAACAAACCUCCGGCCAGGGUGCUGCGGAAGUAGCACCAUGGAAACCAGGUGUCAGUCACUCUGCAGCCUUCAGCGAGAGAGUGUGGAGGAUUUCUCCUGCCUGCUGCAGUGGUGUGAGGAUGCUGAAUACUGGGCUGGUAUGUGCGUAUGUAUGUGAAAGGCAGAACACCAGGCAGCCUGUGGUUUUAUGUGAUGUUUUAUCUUAAUUCUUCAGUGAUUUCCUGUAGAUCAUGUGUGACACUUCAGAUUCCUCGAGCUUCACGUUGUGAUAUUUAGCAGAUUGUACAGGGUCAGGGUACAGAGGUGGUGGUGCAGCAGUUUAUUUCAUACAUUGGCUGAAUUGAAAUGGAACUGCUGCCCCCCCUACUGCACUAACAGUCUGAGCAUGCGCGUGUGUGUGCUUCUGAUCCUGUAGCUAAAGCGUUUUGCAGUGAUCUAUUCGCUUUGCACUUCAGCCAAAGUUAUUGCCAUUUUUAUCGGCCUGUUUAUAAAUAAAACCGCAAUAUAAAAAUC